UCCGCUUGGUAUUUAUUAUUUUCCGGAACGCAUUAAUACCUGUCGAUGACUUUCGAAUACUAAGUUCUGAGUCUUUAACUUGGAUGUCGAAAUGUCGUUUGUAACGAGUAUGAUUUUACUCCUAAUCAACGUAGCUUCAUUCUUCUUCGAGUCAGAGUCCCAGCCUGUUUUUACCAAAUGGCCUCCAUCUACUUCCUAUGUUGUGGAAGGUAACGGGUUAUUCUUGCAAUGGAACUACACUCUUGGUGGAGCGUUUCGUUCAGCUGAGUUCGAUCUGUCAGCGAUACCUGAGGCAAUAGAUAUUGCAGAUCGUUUCAAAUCAGAGGCCACCUUCAUACACACAGAUUACCAAGGCAGGGUAGAAGCAAACAUUACAGCCACACAAGCAAAUGUUACUUUCCUUUCGCUGACCAGAGCAGACACUGGGAAUUAUGUAUUUAAAGUAGAACGCGAGGACCGAAAGAAGAAUUCUAGUACGAUGAAAAUAACAGUGCAGUUUCCACCAGAAUUCAGAAGCAGUAGUGGUGACAAAGUAGUUGUUGAGGGUACUGACCCCAGUGAUAUAACAUUGGAGUGUAAUGCAGAUGGUGAACCAACACCAAACAUCACCUGGACCAAAGUAUAUGAUAAUGGAAGUGACAGUGGUGUACUGGAAACUAAAAAUCAGUUUGUCCUUGCAAACAACAGAACUAGCAGUGGAACAUAUCGCUGUACAGCAUAUAAUGGAAUAGGAACUGCACCAAAUCGUACAGUUAAAGUAGAAGUUAACUUUAAACCAGAGAAUGUCAAGUUAGUGGUGAAUGACUCAACUCUCUGUGAAGGUGAUGUCAUCAGCAUCACUUGCUCAGCUGAUGGUAAACCUGCAGUGCACAGUUAUCAACUAUUUGAGAAUGGAAUACAAGUUAAUGAUGGAAACAGCUCAGCUGGGGUAUGGAUAAGGAAAGAUUUGAAAGAAGGAGACUUAAGCUAUAGAUGUGAGGCUAAUAACACUAUUGAUACAACUGGGAAAACUGUCAAUGUCACAGUGAAAGUUCCCUCUAAAGUUUAUCCAUUGGAGAACAUCACCGUUAUAGAGGGUGAAAACAGGACUUUAGUCUGUAAUGUUUCUGGAAGUCCUUUGCUGGAUGUAACAUGGACAGAAGUUAACCCUGGAAGUCAGUCCAAUGUAAAAAACAUGCUUUAUCUCACAAACAUCAGCAGGAAUGAUGCUGGUGAAUACAAAUGUAAAGCUACAAAUGACUGUGGAAAUAGCUCUGCCAGCACUUUUCUCACUGUUUACUAUAAACCGGAGAAUUUCAAGUUCACAGUGAGUAAAUCAACUGUGUGCCAGGGCACUGUGGUCACCUUCAACUGUUCAGCAGAUGGAAUUCCCCUGGUGGAUACCUAUCAGUUGUUAGAGAAUGAUAAACCUGUGAGUGAUGGCAGCAACCGUCUUGGAAUGUGGACCAGGAAUAUGUCAACUGGAGGAGUGUUCAAGUACAAAUGCAUGGCAAACAACUCUGCAGGAACAGCAUACAGUAUGAGAACUGUUACUGUAAAUGUAUCCUCAUCCAUACAAGAAAUAUUAGAUCAAAAUGUAACUGAAGGAAACAACUUGACUCUGACAUGUAAUGUAUCUGGAAUCCCAACACCUGUGGUGUCUUGGAUUAAGCCUGAUGGUCAGAGGUUUAAUGAAAGUGUGUUGGAGCUUUUGAAAGUUAGUAGGAAUCAAAGUGGGACGUACAGAUGUGAAGCCAGUAAUGACUGUGGCAAUGCAGUGAAGACAGCAAGCGUUGAAGUGCAAUACAAACCAGAGAAUGUCCAGCUAAUGAGUUCUGCCACCAACUACAAAGCAUGUAGGGGAGAUGUCAUUAGCUUUAACUGCUCGGCUGAUGCUAAUCCAGCAGUGGUAUCAUACCAGCUGUUUGAGAACGAAACUGCUAUUUUAAACACUAGUGCCACAGGAAUGUGGAGCAAGACUUUGGAAAAUGAAGGAGUGUUUCUCUACAAAUGUGUGGCUCAUAACAAGCCGGGAUCAAUGUACAGUACAAAUGUCAUGCUAACAGUCAAUGUACCUUCUUCAAUUAUCCAAAUAACACAACAUCAGAGUGUAACUGAGGGUGACAAUGUGACUCUCUUGUGUAAUGUAUCUGGAGUGCCCCCACCAAUGGUGUAUUGGGUGAAACCUAAUGGUAGCCGUAAUGAGGGAUUGAAGUUGGAAGUUAAAAAUGUUAAGAGGAAAGAAGCUGGUGAAUACAAGUGUGAAGCCAGUAAUGAGUGUGGCAAUUCAACCAAGAUGACAAGAAUUGAUGUGCAGUUCAAACCAGAGAAUGUCCAGUUAAAUAGUUCAGCCGUGAAUAAGAAAGCGUGUAAGGGAAAAGUCAUCACCUUUAACUGCUCGGCUGAUGCAUAUCCAGCAGUGACAUCAUACCAGCUGUUUGAGAACGAAACUGCCAUUUUCAACACAAGUGUUGCAGGAAUGUGGAGCAAAACUUUAGAAAAUGAAGGAGUUUUUGUCUAUAAAUGUGUGGCCAACAACUCUCUUGGAUCAGGAAACAGCAGUAGUGUUGCUAUCACUGUGAAUGUUCCUUCUUCAAUUAUCCAAAUAACACAAGAUCAGAAUGUAACUGAGGGUGUCAAUGUGACUCUUGCGUGUAAUGUAUCUGGAGUGCCUCCACCAAUAGUGUCCUGGAUAAAACCUAAUGGUGAUCGUCAUGUUGGAUACCUGUUGGAGGUUACAAACAUUAGCAGGAAUGAAGCUGGUGAAUACAAAUGUGAAGCCAGUAAUGAGUGUGGCAAUGCAACAGAGAUGGCAGAGAUUGGUGUGCUUUGUAAGUGUAUCAUUGUCUUCACUAAAGAUAAACCAGAGAAUGUGCAAUUCACAACUUCUGCCAUGGAUAAAAAAGCAUGUAGGAAUAACAUGAUUAGCUUUAACUGCUCAGCUGAUGCUAAUCCAUCGGUGACAUCAUACCAGCUGUUUGAGAAUGACACUAUCUUAGACACAAACCCUUCAGGAAUGUUUAAAAGGAACGUGUCAAUGGGCGGAGUGUUCAUGUACAAAUGUGUGGCCAACAACCCUCUAGGAUCGAAAUUCAGUUCAUCCCUCAUGGUCACCGUGAAUGUGCCUUCAACUAUCAAAACAAUUCAAGAUAAGAAUGUAACUGAAGGUGAAAAUGCAACACUGACAUGUACUGCAUUUGGAAUGCCUCAACCAAGUGUGUCUUGGAUUAAGCUCAAUGAUCAAAAUGUUGCAAAAAAUGUGUUAGAGUUUGUGAACAUUAGCAGGAAUGAAGCUGGUAAAUACAAAUGUGAAGCCAGUAAUGAGUGUGGCAAUGCAACAGAGAUGGCAACAAUUGAUGUAAAUUACCAACCAGAGAAUAUGAAAUUCAGAACUUCUGUGAUGAAAAGCAAAGUAUGUCAAGGUGAUACUAUCACCUUCAACUGCUCAGCUGAUGCUAAGCCAGCAGUGACGUCAUACCAGCUGCUUGAGAAUGGCAAUGUCAAGAACCACAACCUUUCAGGAAUGUGGAAGGAGACAUUGGAAAGUGGAGGAGUGUUUGUUUACAAAUGUGUGGCUAACAAUACUGUGGGAUCAGCAGAUAGUGUGGAUGUUACGUUUACUGUGAAUGUGCCUUCGUCCAUACAACAAAUACACAACAAGACAGUGACUGAAGGUCAUAAUGUGACUUUGAUGUGUAACGUAUCUGGAAUGCCUCCACCAACGGUGUCUUGGCUGAAACCUAAUGGUCAGCUUCAUAGUGGAUAUAUGUUGGAGUUUGUGAACAUUAGCAGGAAUGAAGCCGGUGAAUACAAAUGUGAAGCCAGUAAUGAGUGUGGUAAUGCAACAGAGAUGGCAACAAUUGAUGUGCAGUAUCCAUCAAGAAUUACAAACAUUUCUGGUGAGCAGAUUGUAAACAAUGGUGACGUGGUGAGUUUGUUCUGUAUGGCAGAAGGUAAUCCAGUACCAACUAUAACUUGGACAAAAGUCGGCGAUAGCAGUCCAGUGAACUUCCCUUUGACCAUCAGUGGUAACCAGGAUGAAGGACUGUACAGAUGUACUGCUGAGAAUGGUGUUGGAAGCUCUGUGACCAGUGAUGUCAACAUGACAGUACAUUUUCCUGCCUCAAUUGUGGCCAUCGGAAAUCACACUGUAGUAAAGGGUGAAACUAUCGUACUUUAUUGUAAUGUGUCUGGAACACCGCCACCUACUGUGUUAUGGACUCAUAUAGAGUCAGGCAAAACAUGGAACCGCAAGGAAUGGACAAUCGAAGGUAUCCAAGUAGGGAACCUUGGAGAAUACAGGUGUAAUGCCAGCAACAAAUAUGGAGGAGAUAUCAAAAGUACCUUAAUCCUUUAUGAAGGUGGUUUUUGUGAGGAACCAUGCCCUACUAGACAAUUGUGUCGUAAGUUUGGAAAAACAUACGUCUGUAGCUGCCGCGACGGAGAGAAAGGACCAGACUGUAAGGAAAAAGAGGAACCAAAGAAAACUUUUGAGGUGGGACUUAAAAUAAAAAGAGAGUUUAAACAAGAAUACGAGGACUUGGAAAAUCCAGAAACAAAAUCGCUUGUCAAGGAGAUAAAAGAAAAUACGAUGGUCGAAUUCCAAGGAACUGGUCUCGCGAGUGUUAAGGUGCUGAAACUGAGGCCCGGAAGUAUCAUUGCUGACUUAGAACUAACAUUUAAUAAGUCUGUUGGUCAAAGUAGCGUAAAUGCACUGCUGACGCAAGCAAGAAAGGAUGGAAAACUUGGCAAUAUGGAAGUUGAAGAUGCGGUCGUUGGAGGAACUUUCCCAGAUACAUCCGAGAAAGACUGUGGAACGUUCUUUGAGGGAGAAGAUUGUAAAAAAGGUAAAAAUUGAAAUGGAGUAAGUCAGUGAAACUCUUGAGUAGAAUUUAGUGAAAGGGAGAUGACUAUUAUAUCUGGUGCUGAGUAACGAAAGACAAGUUUAGUGUGUAGAUGUUCUACUGUUUAACGUAGAUCUUACCUUAUGUCUUAAAUAAGAUUCUUGCAAGAACCGUACAAGAUCUUGUAAGAUUCUCGUGUAAAGAUUCUUACAAGAAUCUGACCAGAUCUUGUAAGAUUAUGGUAAGAAUCUCAUAUAAGACGAUGGAAGAUUCUUGUAAGAAUCUCAUAUAAGAUGAUGGAAGAUUCUUGUAAGAAUCUCAUAUAAGAUGUUGGAAGAUUCUUGUAACAAUCUCCUAUAAGAUGUUGGAAGAUUCUUGUAAGAAUCUCAUUAUGAUCUUGUAAGAAUCU